AGCCAUCAUCCUGCUUCAAUCCUCAGUCGAGCAGGUGGUGUUUCGAGCAGCUCACCGCGGUGGCCGACAUAUUCUUAUACGCAGACCCUUCUUUCGCUGUUCUGCGAAACCGGCAGGAUAGCUCAGCCUCACCUACAAAGACCUAGAGCGAACGGCACGAGAGCUUGAAUGCGCCUGAUAGCCGAGCCAUGGCUAAGCGCACGAUAUACACUCGAGCAUACUCUAAAAGCAGUGCUGGGCAACUUGUCUCCGCUAAAGCGCUAAGAGGCGAUCCAUUAUCCCCCACGGACCUCCUUGAUGAGUUCAGAAAACACGCCGACAGAUACAAUCGAGAGCCUACGGCCUUAGUGUCAGUCAGCGAUCGCAUCGUCGACACGGUGAAGCGUGCUUUUGACAAGCGCUAUGGGAAUGGCGAGUCCCCAGCAGAUACUUGGGUCGCUUUCAUUGAGAUCCCAUCCAUCAUACAUGAGAACCCUGGCCGAGUCCAUGCUUCAAGACGCUUGGCAGAGGAAUGCGAACUCCCGGAGCCAAACUUAUUCAAUCACGAGAUGGUUUUUGAAUGGGCUAUACCCGAGAAGUAUGUGCUCCAUAAGAUCUCCUUGCAGACCUUGAUGGAUCGUGGGCUUCAAUGGGAACAUCUUACUCCAAAGUGGCCUCGAGCUUCAACCUUUAUCGACAAAAGAAUUACGAUGCUGUAUCGCGAGGGACCUCCAGCGUACCAGGCCUUGAAUUUGUUGUAUUGGUGUAUCCAAGCACACGAACACCGAACCCAAGCACCCACUUCCCUCCCCAACUAGCAACACUCCCGGCACAGAGUUUCCACAGGCUGAGGAACGAGAACGAAAACGAAAACGAAAACGAUCGCAAGAACCCGAAGGUCCAUCCAGUCUCGCUCCAUCCGUGCCCCUUCGAAAGCAACGGCGGACGUCUCUUGCAGAUGCUGCUGCUAAAAGCACACAUGACUAGAGGGCAACGAGCGGCAUCAACGAUAACCAGACCAAUUCAAUUGGGUAUUGGAGCGAAGAGGGACGCUGGCCUAAGGAAUACUUCAACCAAGACGAUUAGACUAGGAAAGA